CGUCAAAAGAUCUGUGAUCCAAAAAAGUAUUUUGGGAUUUUCAAACAUUUGCCCGGAAUUUUUGGCUUUGAAAAAUUUAGUUGCGAAUCGAUGGCGAGCUAGUGCUAGCGGAGAGAGUUACGAACGAAAAUGACUGAUCGAUCUAGAAGGUUAAGUUACGAAAACGCGGGAUACCUUUCGGGAAAAAUGGUCAAUGUAAAUGAUCUUAGUCCUAGGAAAACAAUGAUUGUUUUGGUGAUAGUGGUGGGUUGUUUCGCUGUACUGUGGCCUAAAGUAUUUUAUCCCAUGCUUGUGGGAUCUGCGAAUAAUAGAAUCAAACCCAGUGCCAUUGACAGGACCCAAGGUUGCUGUGAUGUUAUAUCCGAAAAAGAUGUCACCACCCUCAAACUAAUGUCUGAAAUAUGUGACACUAUCAUAAAAAGCGAUAGCGAUAAGCCUAUGUCGAAUAAAGAGUUGUUACAGAAGUGUCAGAAUCUUGUAUUAGACACAUGCGGUAUUGAUAUUUCCGCUGUUCUUCAGGAACAAGUCAGAUUAGGCCACACUACCAAGCAAAUACUAGAAGAAGUGCGAUCGCUAAAUGGAUCUCUUUGUUUGAAAUACAAUUUUGGAAUAGCACCCUGGAAAUUAGGAGUACCUCAUCGGGUUACUGUCAAGGUGUCACCUUCCUCCAGUAUACGGCAAGAACGGCCUCUACAUCUUAGAUCCGAAAUGGUACAUCCAGCGUUUCGAGAGAGAGGAAGAGCAAUACCUCAGGCAGAAUUUGCUCCCACGAAACCUGCACCUCCUUCACGGCUCAUUCCAAAAAUUGUCGAUGGAAGGCCUGGACCCAUACCGGGAAUGCGACCAACAAUAGGCGGUGCCGGUCACGUUGUGCCUGCGAAACAAGGUGGAACCAGUAUGGGACUUAUUAUGCCUAUAUACACCGUUGGUAUUGUCAUAUUUUUCACGUACACCGUUAUGAAGAUUGUGUUCAAGAAACAACCAGAAGUUCUAUAUCCACCGUUAAACCCCGAUCCUCACUUUAGGCGAGAAGUUUUUGAAGCUGACCGGGGUCAUUUGAGUUCGAGAUCCAAAGAAAGCUCUUCCAGCAAAUUAGGAUGGAAAGAGCGUGAUGCAAGAGACAACGAAUUGGACCAACUGCGUCGCCGUUUGAGGGAAACGGAAAUGGCCAUGGAACGCAUCGUUGAACAGAUGGCCAAAGUGCCAUUAAAAUUUCAGGAAGAAGUUGUGGCUAACGGAUCUCUUCUUAACCAGGAAGACGAUCAAUCUUCAGUCCAAGUACUCGGUAUGGAAACUACGGCUAGUCGUGAAAAUGGCCAAAAGUGGACUCGUUCCGGUUCACCAUCGGUGCCAGCAGCUCAUCCACAUCUCUCCGAUACACCACCUCAGGAAAUCUUUUUGGAAGGCUCCCUACCACCUCAAUCGCAUCUUCUGGUAACUGACUCCGCCACAGAAGCCCAAAAAGUCGACGCCGAAGAAGAUCCGGCAGUAGUUCUGGCUGGAAAGAUGACUUUGUCCGUCAUUAGUCUGGAUUCUUCCGAAAAUGGCACCGACGAGUCGUCCAAUUCCGGAAAGAAGAACGAAGACAGAAGUAGCAGUAACGUGUCUGAGGAGUUUGAGAAAAUCGAUAUGGCACAACUUGAAGAACAAAUCGAUAAUAUUAUAGCAGAAGCUGAAGGUGGUAGCCCUAAAGAAACUGAAAUUGAACUCUUAAAAGAGCCCGAAGAAAGUUCACAGUUUGUUGCUCGCGAAACAGAAGAAUGCGUUAAGCAAAUUGCAGAAGCUAUUGAUUCUGGUUAUCCUGAAAGGGGUCAAGAAUUUGCAGAAAAUAAAGAUGAAGCUGAAGGGAAAAAAGGUAUUAUAUCCAAAGAAAGUUCACAGUUUGUUGCUCGCGAAACAGAGGAAUGCAUUAAGCAAAUUGCGGAAGCUAUCGAUUCUGGCUAUCCUGAAAGGGAGCAAGAAUCUACAGAAAAUAAAGAUGAAGCUGUAGGGAAAGAAGAUAUUACAACUGAAAGUAAACAGCAAUCUUCAUUAGCUUCUGUCGAAAGUUUAAUCGCUGAAAAGGUAGAUGCUGUAAACGAGACUUUUCAAGACAAACAAAAAGAACUAGAUGAAUUAUUGUCAAAAACUGAUGAAACUUUGACAAAAUCAACUGAAUAUAUAGAUGAUCAAAUUGAACAAAUAGAGAGAGAUUUAAUCAAAAUUAAGGAACGAGAAGAAAUGGCCGUUGAAAAAGAUAAUCUACCCGAACCAAAAGAAGUAAAAGAAAUUAUUGAUGAAAUUAAAGAAGAAUAUGUUAUAGAAGAGGUUAUUAUACCUGCUACUUCAAAAGAAUUAGAAAAAAACAACGAACAGGAGGUGGAAAAAGUUUCAGAGUCUAAUAUUUUAGGUAGUCAGACAUCUGAUGCAAUUGUAGAAGUUGACAAAAAACGGGAUCGUUCAAAAAUAAGCGCAGAAGGUGAAGAUAAACCAAAAGAAGGUGUCGUGGUUCAACAAACAACCAGUGAUACCGUUGAAGAUGUUGUAGAAGUCAGUAAAAAGAUCCUUGAGAAAACUACAGAAGAAGUGGACAGUACCUUAUUAAAGUCCAGCAACGAAGAUAUUCUACCUCAAGUUAAGAGUGAUAUUGAAAGACAAGAAAAAGAUAAGACUGAUAGUACCAUAAAGAAAGAAGAGUUUGUAGAGGAGCCUGCCGAUGUAGAAGAUAUAGUUGAGGUGGAAGGUGAGGACUAUGUACUAGAAAGUGACGAAGAAGUUGAAGAAGAUGAAAAUGAAGAAGUCGUUCUUCAGAAUGAAAGUAAGCUUGGAGCUGUGUUACAAGCAAAUUCUCAAGUUCAGCAACAGGCAGAAGAUGACGAUGAAGUGGAAUACGAUGAAGAAUAUGAAGAAGAAAGCGAAGACGAAAACGGAGAAGAAAUCGAACAGGAAGUAGUUGAAUAUAUCAGCGACGAAGAGGAAGAAGUCGAAGAAGUGGAAGAGGAAGAGGAGGAAGAAGGAGAAGAAGAUGAAAAAGUUGUAUCGCACGUAUAAAAGUCACAAUUUUUUAGAAUAAAAUAAAACAAUUAUGCCAAAGCUAGUUUUCUUAUGAACAACCAUAGAUUUAGAAUUUUAAACAAUUUUAAACAACAUUUUAAAGCUAAAGCUUUGACCUCAUAGUGAUUAUUCGUAGUUCUUAAUUUUACUGCAGAUUAAUAUAUACGAAGUGUUCUAUAUUUCAUGUCAGCAUUAAACUAUAAAUGUUAUUUUAUUAUUUAAAAAAUAGUUGAAAGCUGUCUCUCAGUUGUAAGGUAUUGUGUUUUGGAUGUGUUGAGAAUUAUUGCAUACAGUUCGAGGCAAAUCUGACAGUUGCCAGGAUUGUAGUAGCCAAUUGUGCACUUAUUAUGAAAGUAAAGUGAUAUUUUUGUUUGUGUUUUUACUUUGUAUUUAUAUGAUUUAUUUAGAAAUAAAUCAUAGUCACUAAUUAGCAUAGUUCACUAAUUGCUGAAAAUGCACUGGGAAAAUGAGCAAUUUAUAGCUUAGGAUAUAUUAUAUAAGCGCAGAAAGAAGCAUUUGCAAUAAUACAACAAAAUUGCAAAAUUUUAGUUUUCAUAACAUUGGGAUAUAUUGCAAAAUAUUCUGAUUUUGAGUUCCGUUCAUAAAGACAUGUAAAAAGUGUUUAAAACGCUAGAUAUUAAUAAUAAUGGAAAUAUCUUCCUGUUUUUGAAUGUAUCGUUUAUAAAAAUUAAAAAUAUAAACUUUAAUCAACAAAAUACCCAUUUGUAAGCUAAAAUCAAGUUUGAGAGUCAGUAGUUAACCUACAAUAAACUUUUUCGUCAAUUUCAGCCAGCACAGAGGUUCUCAUAGCGUCAGAGCUAUCUACUAAAAGUAUUAGAAAUAAUAGACGGAGAGGCAGCGCCGAAAAAUCUCUGAAUUUACUAAAGCUAGUUUUUUCACUGUUGAUUACCGUUAUUGUGUAGAGAAACAUAUUGCGGUCGGUCAAUCGAAACGUAUAACAGGUGGUACUGACAGCUUGUCAAAGUUGCUUACCUGCGGAGGUAAUUAAAUCCAUUCACUAAGGCUGAAAAUCAGUACACACGGUAUGAUAGUCGAUCAGCUGUACGACGGGACAGAGCCGGUCGGUCGGCCCCAAUGAAUGUACAGGGCUAUUCACUACAUUUUGAUCCCCCUCUAAACUGCUUUAUUUACAGAAUUAGAAAAAAAUGUAAAAUACAAAAGUUAUUCGAUUUUUUAAUUAUUAUUUUUUGACAUAUAUAUCGUACUAGUGACGUCAUCCAUCUGGGCGUGAUGACGUAAUCGACUAUUUUUUUAAAUCAGAAUAGGGGUCGUGUGCUAGCUCAUUUGAAAGGUUAUUCAAUUCUCUAUGCAGUAAUAUAAACAUUAAGAUCAUUAUUUGUACAGGGUGUUCAAAAAUUUUUUUGAAUUAUUAAUUAAACAAUUAGUUUAAUUAACAAAAAUUAUUUUGGACACCCUGUACAAACAAUCAUGUUAAUGUUUAUAUUACUGAAUAGGGAAUUGAAUAACCUUUCAAAUUAGCUAGCACACGACCUCUAUUCUCAUUUAAAAAAAUAGUGGAUUACGUCAUCACGCCCAGAUGGAUGACGUCACUAGUACGAUAUAUAUAUGUCAAAAAAUCAUAAUUAAAAAAUCGAAUAACUUUUGUAUUUUACAUUUUUUUCUAAUUCUGUAAAUAACGCAGUUUAGAGGGGAUGUCAAAAUAUAGUGAAUAACCCUGUACAUUCAUUGUGGCCGACCGACCGGCUCUGUCCCGUCAUACAGCUGAUCGACUAUAAUAACUUUUAUUUAUAUUCAAUUUAGAAUGUGUGUACAGAGUUUCAGCCUUAGUAAAUGGAUUUAAUUACCUUCGUAGGUAAGCAACUUUGACAAGCUGUCAAUACCACCUGUUCUACGUUUCGCUUGGCCGACCGCAGUAUGUUUCUCUACACAAUCACGGUAAUCAACAGUGAAAAAUCUAGCUUUAGUAAAUUCAGAGAAAUUUUUCAGCGCUGCCUCUUGGACUAUAAAUAGGAUACUGGAAAAGUGCUACGAGAAUUGUACUAUGUUCUGCAUUGUAGUGAUAUGCAGUUUUGGCCUUUCCUUUUUUUAUCUGUUAUAUUUAUAAGUUCUUUUUCCAGCUCAUGAAGCUUUUAGUCUUUAGACAAGGAUCUUACAUUAAAUUAUACGAUGUUUCGUCUUUUUGUUACUAGCAAUAUUUCUCUCUCCUAUGGCGAUACAGCCCAAGUCGGUCCCUGGCCUCCCCCAGAAUCCUCCUCCAAGCACAUAGGCGUAACCGGGGGGGUUUGGGGUUAUACCCCCCCAUCGGGAUCUACUUUGAGCUCUAUACGCUUAACAUCAUUAUGUGUUGUUGACAAAUCAAGCCAUUUUGAACUUGUAACCCAACCUUAGGAUCAUCCUAGUUACGCCGUUGUCCAAGCAUCACUUUCCUCGGUUGCUCUCCUCCAGUUAUCUAUCUAUAAAUGAUUAUUUUAUUCCAAUCUAUUUUCAUUUUAUUCUUUUGUUUUUUAUUCUUUUCGUUUUAACUUUUGAUUUUGUUUUACUAUUUUUCUUCUAAAAACAGUUGGCGUUCAACUUUUGUCAACUAAAUACUGUGUCUAAAUUAUUAAUUAUUAUUCAAUUUCAAAUUUUAAUUAUUUCAAUGCAAUUCUCAUUUAGCCCCCUAGUAGGUAUUGGGACCGUGCAAGUUCGGCAAAGCGACCCCUAUUUCUACGCUCUAUACUAAAAUUCGCACUUUUAAUUAUAUUGGCCAAUUAUAUUAGUCCUGGUUACUGGAUAAUUGUCAAGGCCAUAGUCCAAAAAAAUAAUAAGAAGAAAAAAUAAGAUUCAGGUUAUGUUAUGAAAACGUCAACAAUUGUAUGUAGUAAAUAAAAUUAGUUAUUAAAAUGCAGUACUGCAAGCAAAAUAAAAUUAAUUAAAUUAACCUUUAUAUAAUAAUGGCAUAUCAUAUCAAUAUUGUGGAGCAAUAUAUAAUUUUUCUGCUUCAUUGACAGAAGGUAUGAAAUAUACGUCAAUUUGACAAUUUCAAUUGACAAUAUGAAUUAUUUAAGAUAGUUGCAAUAUUUCUCCGCGACUCGCGCAGGGUCGUUUCUCGUUUCCCCUUCCAAGUACUUGCACACCACGAAUACCACCCACCGUUGAGAUAAAGUUAAUUAUUAUUAUUAUUGAAGUUAUUGCACAAUUUUUUCUGAAAAAUUUCAGAAUGUGACCUCUCACAUCCCCCUCAAAACAGAUCCGCCCUGGUCUAACUCUGUUAGGGACUCUAAGACGCCAAGAUAUUCGGUGUCCAGUUUUUUAAGUAGUAUAGGCCACAAGAACGGAAACCUAAACUUGGUAGUGAUCUUUAGUUAUUAACAAUUACAGUUCGGAAAGUAUAUCUUUGGAACUUGUUGAAAGAUUUUGAUGUUUCUUGUUGCAUCUGUAUCUAAUUACUCUUCGCGUACAUUAAAAUAUAGUUUAUUGUUAAACAAGACAUGUAAUGUGUUUAAAUAUUUUUGAAAAACAUUUUUAAAUUCAUUAUUUUAAUAGAACACUUUGUAUAUUGGCGUAACGCAUACUAAAACAUGUGCACGACAAAAUCAAAUAAUCUGCACUUUGAGCUUCACCAGUUUUUUAAAAUACAAUAAUAAUGCAUUUUUAAACAUCAUUAUGUUAACAUUGUGUCCAAUAGUGAAAUCUGAAGAUUAGAAUUUAAUACAAAAGGUAUUUUUUAUAGGAUAUUAGAAAGAUCUGGUAAAAGUAUAUAAAAUAUUUACUAUGAGAUAAUUAUGAAAUAAUAUUUUCAAAUAUAAUUCUAGAAUUGGAUAUUCCUAUAUUGGAUGGAUGGUAAUGUCUUCGUGAAAAUGAUAUUUUGUGGUACUAUUUUAUUUAUUUUGGAGAAACAAUACAAGAAGAAUAGAAUACUAUUAACGAGGUUAACAUGGGAAACAGCUUACAGCUGUAUGAGAAACAAAAAAAGACCUUUUUAUCUUAAUGAAGAAUGUAAACAAGCAAUAGACAAAAGAAAUGAACUAUACGUACAGUACAGUCGAAGAACACGAGAAAGGCGCGAGAAAUUUAAAGAAGAACGAAGAAAGGCAGACAAAGUACGUUUAUAAGCCACAAAUGAACUUCUUUUAUGAAGAAUUUACCAACAUUUGAACAAAUGUACGGCAAAAAAAACGUAAGUGUAGUGUUACGAUCUCUAGGCAAAUGCGAGAAUUUAUCAGACCUUCUUAAUGAUAUUUAAUAUAUUUUAUAUGCUUUUACCCGGAUGAUAUUGAAGAGAUAAGACUAGCAGACGUGAAUGUUUAUGUAGUGAUUGUAUGAUUAUUAAAACCAUUUAGUAACCUUGUUGUUACAGUGUGUUUAGCUGAUUUGUGUUGUUUGUUACAAAAAUUAUAGUUAUUUUUUUGUUACAUUUUAUUCGAAUUUUAUUCAGUGUUUUUAUUACAUUAUUCUAAAAUACCAAUUUAAAGAAUGAUAAAUAAAUAUAGUAUUAAAUU